GUGUCCUCACUCAGCUUACCCAUGGAGGGUCAUUUGGUAUUUAUAGUAUAUCAAGAAGACCAGAUUAUCCUCCUUCUCUCCAUCCUCCUGGUCGCUAGUUUAUUCUAUCGUAGAUAUAGUCUCGACGCAUAAUGGGUUCGCAGAUUGGAGACCCCGAUGAGAUUACUGUGCUUGUCACAGGGUUUGGUCCGUUCAGAGAACAGUAUCCCAUUAACCCCUCAUGGGAGAUCGCCAACAGCUUGCCUUUAUAUCUUCCUCCGCUACGAGCCAAGAACCCUAACUCGAGGCAUGCGGCUGUUGUUCUGCCAAAGGUACGCAUCGUGGUGCACCCCGAGCCUAUCCGUGUCAAUUACCGGGUCGUGAGAGGCCUUGUGCCGUCUUUUCAUGACACGCCACAGAAGUUUGACAUUGUCAUUCACAUUGGAAUGGCUGGUCCUCGACCAUUCUAUUCCAUUGAGAGGAGAGGUCACCGUGACGGGUACAAGCAUCCGGAUGUCGAUGGCGAAUACAUAGACGGAGAAGAAGAGAGAGAAAGUCCUGACUGGCCGUGGCGAGGCCUUCCAGAGGAGAUUGAGACGGAGCUGAGCCUCGACGAAAUACUCCCUUUGUGGCAGGGGCACAGUUCGGAGGCGGAUCUGCGCAUAUCGGAAGACGCAGGCCACUUUAUGUGCGACUUCAUAUACUACUCAAGUCUGUCUGAGCUGUGGAAACUGCAGAGACCCAGAAAGACCCUGUUUCUCCAUGUCCCAGCCGAUGCUUCGCCUACGAGUGUUGCAAAGGGGAGGGAACUGACAUUAAACCUUAUUCGAUCAGUUGUUGAGAGUGAAAUGAUUGCAAAGAACAAGCUUCUGACGAGUAAGACUGCUGGCGAGGAAGAAUUGUGAUGUGGUUCUCAAGGCGUGGGAUGGAUCAUUAACAGGAGUUGUCAGCAUAUUUUCAUUGUUAUAUGAAUUUACAUCAAUUUCUUUGAGUUUCUGCUUGUUAUUUAGCUCUAGAGGAUACAUAGUAGCAUCACAGAAAUAUCAAUUUGACAAUGUUUAAUAAUGG